CUCUUCCCUUCCCUUUCCUUUCCUUUCCCUUCCUUUUCCUCCCUUUCCCUCCAACCAAACAAGGCGUUAAAGGUAAGAGGAGGGGAAGUUUCCCUCCAACCAAACAGGGCGUUAAAGGUAAGAGGAGGGAAAGAAAGAGCAGACAGCAAGGACAGGAAACCAGGCUCAAACGAUUGCACUAACCCAUCGUUUAGUCAGAAAUAGGGAGAGAGAUCAACCAAGCAAAAAGUAAACAGACCCUUUAGAAUCGAAUCAAGGACGUAACCAGUCUGCCCGACCGGUUGCUCCUCCGAAAUAGGGAGAGAAAAGGGGAGGGGGUUCGGUAAGGCGCAGUUGGAGGAAGAGAGUGCAGUGCAGGCAGCAAAGGAAACGAGGCGGGAGAGAGAGAAGGCGGUAAAGAGAUCGAGGGAGAAGGAGCAGGCGGUAAUCAGAGGGAAAAGGAAAGAGAGAGAGGAAGAUGCCGAAGAGGACGACGCAUACCUACUCGAGCGAAGAUGCGAACCCCGACGGGCCUGACUCCGACCUCUUCGUCUACUACUGCAAAUACUGUGGGUCCCACGUUCUCAUCACCGAUACUCAACUGCAGAAAAUGCCAAGGCGAAGGACUGACAAGGCAUAUGUUUUGGAUAAGAAGAAGCAUCUCGCUAGACUUAAUGUUAUUGAGGCUGGAAAAGUUCUUCUAAAACGUGGUGAAGGAAAAUUAGAAAAGCAGUUCCGCAUGACCUGUAUGGGAUGUGAGCUUCUUGUUUGCUACCGUUCUGUAGAAGAUUUGGAAAGUGCCCCUUUCAUAUAUGUUGUUGAUGGUGCACUCACCUCUAUUGCAGCAGAAACUAACCCUCAGGAUGCCCCUAUACCACCUUGUAUUUCACAACUAGAAGGAGGCCUUGUUCAAGUGGCUAUAGAAGUAGAAGAUCGUGCACAACGUUCAGCAAUUACAAGAGUAAAUGCAGAUGAUGUUCGAGUUACUGUGGCUGCACCUGCUGCUCGUGGAGAAGCUAAUAAUGAGUUGCUAGAAUUUAUGGGAAAAGUACUGGGAUUGAGGUUGAGCCAGAUGACCCUGCAGAGAGGAUGGAACAAUAAAUCAAAGUUACUUGUGGUAGAAGACUUGUCUGCAAGAAAGGUCUAUGAGAAGCUACUGGAAGCUGUUCAGCCUUGAAUUGCAUUGCACGGUGUGAUUUUUGAGUUUCCUAUUACUUUUUACAGGAUACAAGCGAGAUCAGUGCUUAUGUUCCCAUACAAAUGUCUGCACUGACUUGGUCUGUAAAAUGUGCCCAGUUCUUUUUAAUCCUUUAUAAGAUGGGAAAGGGGUUAGACAUAGUGGAGAAUUUGGUAGCUUAAUGUAUGCAAUUCUGUAUUUCUUUGUUAUAGUGCUGUUACUUGUAAGUACUUGUGAGUGAAGUUUUAUUUCCCAAGAAAAGCUGGUGGCUGAUACUUGCGUCGAAUAUAUGAAAGCAAAUAUAUGUAGAAUAUUGUUAAACAGCUUAAGGUUUUAAUAUACAGGUGGAGCCUUUUUCUGGUGC